CGUCAGGAAACACUGCGAGAAUUCUGUCCCCUCUUGUUCCUUAUCGCGCAAAGAAGAAGAGGAAGAAGAUUUUCUCGGACACUGUUUUGGGACACUGCCGGCCACGCUGGACGCGGAGCAGGAUCCACGAAGGAGGCAGAAACCGGACACCGUUUUCUUCAUUUGUGGCUUUAACACGAUGGAGCCAGCCUUCGGUGAGGUGAACCAACUCGGCGGGGUUUUCGUCAACGGCAGACCGCUCCCUAACGCCAUCCGGCUCCGGAUCGUGGAACUGGCCCAGCUCGGGAUCCGACCCUGUGACAUCAGCCGGCAGCUGCGCGUCUCCCACGGCUGCGUCAGUAAGAUCCUGGCCCGUUACAACGAGACCGGCUCCAUCCUCCCGGGGGCCAUCGGGGGCAGCAAGCCGCGCGUCACCACGCCCACUGUGGUCAAGCACAUACGGACAUACAAACAGAGAGACCCGGGGAUUUUUGCCUGGGAGAUCCGGGACAGGCUACUCGCCGACGGGGUUUGCGACAAGUUCAACCUGCCGUCCGUCAGCUCCAUCAGUCGGAUCCUGCGCAACAAGAUCGGGAAUCUGUCCCAGCAGAACCAGUACGAGUCGGGCAAACAGGCGCCGCACCCGCCGCCGCAGCCCGCGUUACCCUACAACCAUUUGUACUCAUACCCCAGCUCCAAAGUGCCCACUCCCCCUGGCAUGCCCACCCUACCCGGACACAUGGCCAUGCACAGGAUAUGGCCUUCGUCGCACUCUGUAACAGAUAUUCUGGGGAUACGGUCCAUUACAGAGCAACAAAUUAGUGACAGUCCAUCCUUUUCCAGCGCCAAACUAGAAGAAUGGAGCGCUAUAAACAGGACUAAUUUCCCACCAGCAAGCUCUUCGCUAGUCAAUGGCUUGGAUAAACCGCAUUUAGAACCUGAAGCAAAAUACACACAGACGCCGAAUGGCUUGCCCACAGUGAACAGCUAUGUCACAGCACCCAGCAUCCCUCCCUACCACCCUCCCACCCAAGUGUCACCCUACAUGGGGUACAGCGCCACCACGUCGGCCUAUGUGACCGGAGCCACAUGGCAGCCGGCCAGUGGCAGUGCUCUAUCUCCCCACAGCUGUGACAUCGCAGCCCCUUUGGCCUUCAAGAGCAUGACUGCCAACCGUGACGCUAUCCAUCCAGUCACCGCUUCGGCGCUGUGAAUGAGAAAAGUUCAAGAACGGACUGACGAGAGGAGGAAGGAGUGGGGAGAGAAAAAGAAAGGGGAAACAUAGAGUCUUUCUCUCCCUGUGGCUUCACGUCACCUCUUUUCUCUAUGAAGGACUUGGCCCCCCAGGACCCAUAUUUGUGCCAUUGUGUACUGUAUGCCAACUGACCCCUCCCCACUUUCCUCCCCAACAAGCUAGUCAGGCUAAAGACACACAGGGAAUAAGGAGAAACAGCCUGUACAUUUUCACCACAUCUUGUCUGAAAGAACUUGCAGGACAAGUGUACUGAAGGACUGGCUCUGAACUCAACCAUGACAUUUUGCCAUCCAUCAACACAGUUCCUCUCAGAUUCUUUACUGCACACUUCACUGCAAAAUGUCUUGGGGCAAAAUGGGGUAAUGUAUAAUUUCAUGAAUAAGCAAUCAAAGAAGAGAGGAAAAACUUUGCAUUAGUCUUUCAGGGUGCUUAUUAUUAAUUGCUAUAGGUUUUUUAAAAAUGUUUGUAUGCUUUUUUUUGUCAUGUUUUGAUAAAAUUAACUGUCAUAUGGAGCAUUGUUUUCCCACUUCUCUAAAAAAAAAUUGUAGCCUAUGCAAGCAAGAGCUCCAGAGAGAAGUUAUUGUUUAUUUAUUAGAUUAAGGUACGUUGAAUGAAGUGCAAUUAGCCUUACAGACAAGAAUGGGGAUCUCCACGCACAUUUUAGACAAAAUUGGCAUUGGUCUUAUGUUGGAGUGUAUACCAUUAACAAUUUAGCUGCACACUUCCAGAUGUUGCACAGUGAAAUUGAAUGUAUCUUAUUAAAUUGUUUGGCUGUUAUUGGUCUUCAUGAACUGUUUGGGAAAAAUACCUUUUAUUCUUAUAAGACGCUCACAAAAACACACAGACACCAUAGUUACAUCUAUGGAUUUCCCCUCUUUCUGAUGGUGUAUCUUUCUCUGGUAAAUCCAGGGUGUUGUAGCCUCUUUUACAUGUGCAGGAAACUGCUUUUCAUAAAGAAAUACAGUAUGUGUGUGUGCACGUCUGUACAAGGCCUGUAUGUGCUGUCGCUGCCACACGUCACGGCUCACUAGGAAAAUUAAUCAGAAAUGCUUUGAGCACUCAGUGUUUGUUAGCACAGCGCUUAAAAAAAGAAAAAAAAAAUCCUCUGGUUCAUUAAAAUAACAAAGAUCAAGUACAUGUCCACUCAUGUAAUUAAACCGGUACGGCCGUUUCUUUAUUUACUAUAAUCAUUUAUGCCUGGAAAUUAGUUUAGGAGGAAAAUAAUGGGUAAUGCAAUUAUGCCUGAGAGAUAUGACCAAAAAUUUUAUCAUUAUAAAAAUGUUCCUAUUUGUCCAUUUCAAUCAUUAUCAAGGGAAAUGUCAAGUCAGUAUUGUGUUCCAGUUUAAAGGCUGAUUUAUGGUCAGGAGUCAGUGUUGGACAAACAGGAUAGUUAUUUGUAGUUUUAAACUAUCUUUCAUUAGACAAAGAGCUGAAUAUUUUACAAAAGUAGGGGCACAACAUUCAGAACAAUUAGAGUGAUAAAAAUCUGGUUUUCAGCAUCUGAUUGUGCAACGGAAAAAAUGAACAGAACAUUGAAACAUUUUGUGUCUUUAAUUUCUUUAUUGUCUUAAGGGAUUUAAAAUGAUACUGUGACAAUCCCAGGCACUGAUCCUCAUCAAAUAUUAGAGCAAAAUGAUGUCCAAUAUGAUAUAAAAUUAUAUAAAGAUGAAGAACUUACAAGCUACUAUACUACUAAUUAUUAUUAUUAUUAUUUAAAAAAAAAAAAAAAAAAAAAAAAAAAAAAAUAAUAAUAAUAAUAAUAAUAAUAAUAAUAAUAAUAAAUCACCUAGCCCAAGCAGUCCCAAAAAUUGCAUACAGUUCGAUUUCAAUGAAUUUCAGCUUAAUGUACAUAUUUUAUGGCGAGUAUGAAAUGAUGAAAACAUACAAUCAAAUAUUUAGAAAAUAUACAGCUAUCAAAUUAAUGUAUAAACAUAAAAUGUAACUACCUAUUUGAAUUUUUUAAUGUCUGCUCUUUUGAUGAAACCCUACCCCUAGGAUUAGAUUUGAGCAUCUUUGUUGUAGUUUAUGAUGUGUUUCAACCAUGUUUUAAAUACAGACAGUAAAAGUGUCCCUUUCAAAGUUUAAUACAUAUAUAUUGACUUUACACUUCUGUUACAAGUCAAAUCCUAGCUGUGGUUAGCGUUCCUUGAGAAGAGUGGAUGUUCAAAUGUAAAACAGAAGAUCUUUAAAUUGCACGCCACAUACGUCUAUAUUAACAGAAUGAUUUGUUAGCUCUAUAUUUAAAAAAAUACUCCAUUUUUCACGGAAAAAUAUCUACAUUAAACUGAAAUGCACUGACAUUCUAUUGGGAUUCCAUGAGGAGAGAUGAGGUUAAAACAUUAUUCUGAAAACUCAACAUCCUCUUUAAAUGCUAGUGAUGAUCUACUCUAAAAAAAUAAAACGAUCUACACUUUAUUCUGCAGUUGGGAGAGGGAAUAAGAACAUCCUUGUUGCCUUGAAGUUCUAGACUUGUGUGUUGCGGACUCCCGGGGUGAGGUGGAGUCCGUGUCCAUUCAGAGACAGACACAAAUAGUCUUGAUGGGCCACGGUCUCCAAGGUCAUCAGACAUGUGACCUAAAAGCGAACCUUCAGCAGCCACAAAAACGGGCCAAACAGGGCUUGUCGGGGCCAACUCAACAUGUUCAUUUCAAAAGAAUAAGCACACAAACCAGGCUGACAAAUGACAUGUUUGCAAAAUGAUGCAAAAAAUACUUUCAGAUUUGUUUCAAGGGGGGAGGUGGUGGUGGCGGGGGACUGCAGUGUAAUAAAUUAUAAUAAGUAAGUCUGGCAAGCUAGGCCUCCGGUGCAAAACCAGACGACUGAGAUUUAUACAAACUGGGCUCUGGUGUGGACAUGAAGUUGCAGAUAAAUGCUGUGAUAAGAUUAGGUUGUUUUACAUAGGGCUGUGGAAGGUUCAUGAGGUGGUGGAGUUGAGUAAUGGCCCCUGCGUGUUUCCAUCACUCCGGUGUUACAGCAUAAACAAGUCUCUCCGUGCGACAGUGUCAACAGUCCUCCACCAUGCAGGGCCUGAUUUGACUUGGAAAGCACUCUUCCCCGCAUCCAGUGGUCACGGACCGUUGCUCUGGGAUCGUAGUGUUUCUUUGACCGUAUGUGAACCACAUCACAGCGACGUGAUGAUCAGACAUUCUCUGUAUACCAGCUAGCCAGGCCCUCGCAGCUAACCCCUACCAUCUACCAUUCAUCAUGUACAGUAAAUGAUAGUUACAAACAGCUCCCUGCCGUAAAAGUACAAGAGCGGUAUGAAAAAAGUCCUCACAUGCUGUUUUUUUUUUUUUUCUUCUUUACCUCAGUCUACAUCACACACAACAAGGCUAAACAACUUUUCCUUUCAACUACGCUACAUGAACUGAGCUCAGCCUUGUUAUUCUCCUCUGACUCACACAACAAAAUUAAAAUGUGGUCGUCUUAAUUGACACCAAAAGAAUAGGAACAGUGUGUUUUCUAGACAGGAGGAACAGUUUUCUUGAAGGCCUAAUAAUCCUUUGUCUUGCACUACUAUAAUGUUGGUUAGCCUCAUAGAAGCCAGGUCUAAAAAGCGUGUAGCUUUAAAAAUAGGGGCAAGACACGUGUUUAUAAUUAAUGAUGUUGAGUCUAACUUCAGUGUCAUAUGGUUAUCUUUACUUCUCCGCAUGCAAUCAGAAACAAGACAGCCAUUUCCAGAGUAACACAGAGCAGAGUAUGGGUGAAUGCAGGGGCCUACGCAUGGUCCUGCUCAAUGGACAGUUUUUUUUAGAACAGACAUUGACAACAGCCAGAGUGUUUUCUUAAUGCUUUAAAAUAGCAAUGUUUGAGCAGACAGGUGAGUAAAACCUCUGGACAAAAAAAAAAAAAAAUCAUAGAAAAUCACCACACGUCUGGUUCCAUGUCUUCGCUCUGUAUAUAUGUGCCUCUUGUGUUCAGUCACAGUGACAUAAUUUUCUGUUUUAUUUUUUUUUUAACACAUACUGUGAGUGUUUUGAAAGGACUGCAUAUUAAUCAUUAGCUGAGACUGCUUUGGAAAAGACAGGUGGGGUCGUGUCAAUACAGUGAGCUUGUAUAGAGGUGCAGAAUAUAAAUGUUUGAGGUUGAGGAUGACACACGAAAAAGGUUCAAAAGAAAAUGAGAACGACACAUUUUUUUUCUGCGACUGGAGAUUUACGAUUGACGCAGCGCAACGGGGGAAUUCGGGUGGAAGGGCGGCUCUGUUGCUUGGCUACUAGCAAUAUAUACACGCGUGGCAGCACAUGUUGCAAGCUGUCAAUGUCUGAAAGAAACGUACACAUUCAACACUCUAUUACAGCAAGGACACGUUAAGCGCUUACAAUUCCAUCAGUCUGCGAGUCGCAGUUGUUAGUCUGUCACCACAGGCCCCUGGGCAAAAAAAAAAACCAAAACAUCAGGAGCCAUUCCAUUUUGGCAAGAGAGAAACUCCCACAUUAAUGAUGACUGUCAAAUGCCAACGUGGCUUAGUAUAAGCGACUACCAGAUGAGGUUAAGAUGAGUCUCUUAAAGUGUAGCUACUACCCCUAAGGCUGUGCAGCAGGUGUGUGUGUGUGUGUGUGUGUGUGCAUGCAUAUUUGUGUAAGAGACAGACUGGCAGAGGGACAGAAUGUGUGUGGUAACCCCCCCAUCCCUGCAGCCACAUUUGAAUUUGUUGAGCUUGUUGUUUUAGCUUGCACUAAGCUGUGUUCAGGCAACAACUCCCCAGCACCAAAGGACGGACAGACAGACAGACAGACAGACAGACAGACAAGGAGGGAGGGAGGCACAGGAAUGACUGACACUCUGUUGGCUAAUACAACUUCAACAGUUGACAGGUUCUCAAACAACAAAGUCGCCUGAUGGAGGAAAGAUGAGGAGGAGAGUGAGGAAGUAGUAAACUGUAAGGAAGGCGAUACGUUUACAUAUCAACGCUGGGUUCAAAUGUUCCUGCGAAAGCCAAGUGUGGAGCAACACAAGCCUACACUGUAAAAAAUGACUGUAGAAUUAACACCAAAAAGUUGUAAAAUUGCAACAUAAAAAAAAAAAAAAAACUGUAAGUGACAAUACAAUG